UAUAUUAGAAAAUUUCUGGUGAUAAAUUAGCAAAGAAAACUGCAAUUGAAGCAGAAGUAAAACAAGUACGUACGUAUCUAUUAAAAAUAAAUAAGCUGUGGUGGGGAAGGGAAAAUACGUAAGCAACAACAAGGAAGAGAUUACGUCCGAUUGUAUAGUAGGCGCUGAAGGCUGCCACGCUACAAGCUACAUACAAGAAAUAUAAAAAGCAAAAUUCCAAAAAAAACCAUAAAAGAGUUAUUUUCAUUCUUUUUUAAAACUGAAACGCACACGUACACGUUCACUAUAGAAAAAAAAUGGUGUUGUCAUUACCUGAACUAUUAUUGCUGGGAGGAGGAGAAAGGAAGUUGACAGCUUGCGUGUUACUAUUACUUUUGGAGUUAUUUUUGGAAGGUGCGGAGGUUGAAAGUAGUUCAGCUGACAUCGAAAAUCAUCUUGAAUUGGGUAAACGUUUUCUUGCAAACAAUCAAUUGAGUGAUGCUCUUACACAUUAUCAUGCUGCUGUUGAGGGCGAUCCCAGUAAUUAUUUGACACUUUUCAAGCGAGGAACUAUUUAUUUGGCUUUGGCCAAAACACGUUUCGCCAUACAGGAUUUCAGUCAAGUGUUAGAAUUGAAGCCAGAUUUCAUAGCCGCUCGUGUACAACGGGGCAGUGUUUACAUGAAAAGCGGUGAAUUUACUGAAGCGGCCCAAGAUUUUGAAUGUGUGCUUAAAUUGGAGCCUUACAAUGAGGUGGUAAUCGAAAGCCAGUCCCGAUUAGGUCCUGCACACGAACAAUGGGAAAUUGUUCAGGAGUUAUUGGAGCAAGGCGAUUACCGCAAUGCGAUUCCUUUGUUAACUCAAUUGCUGGAAAUUGCUCCAUGGUCAAUAAAAUUUCGACAAGCCCGUUCCGAUGCUUACAUCCUAACCGACGAUUUAUUGUCUGCUAUAUCCGAUUUACGUUCCGUCAAUAGACUUUCGCAGGACAGUACAGAAGGCUACUAUCAAUUGGCUAAACUAUUAUAUCGUGUUGGUCACGCUACUAAUGCUUUAAAAGAAAUUCGCGAGUGCCUAAGACUAGAUCCUGAGCAUAAAGACUGCUUUCCGUUCUACAAACGUCUACGAAAAGUUGAAAAAGGCUUAACGUCGGCGGAACAAUCACGAGACGAAAAACAAUACCAGCAAUGUAUUACCGCAGCCUUAACAGCUUUAAAGCACGAAAACGAUGAACCUAUGAUUAUCUUUGAAAUUAAACGUUUGCUAUGUACCUGUUAUACAAAGGACGAACAAUACACUAAGGCCUUAAGCCAUUGCAAAGACGCCUUAGUUAUCCUACGCGAUGCUCAAGUUUACUGUGAUCGAGGCGAUGCUUAUAUUGGGGCGGAAAUGUACGAUGAUGCCAUACAUGAUUUUCAAGAGGCUCUAAAUAUUGAUGAGAAUCUUCAGCGUGCCAAAGAGGGAUUAGAUAGAGCAAAGAAACAGCAAAAAAGAGCUGAACGUCGUGAUUAUUAUGCGAUAUUAGGUGUUAAACGUGAUGCGAGUAAACAAGAAAUUCAUAAAGCGUAUCGCAAAGCUGCACAAAAAUGGCAUCCAGAUAAUUUCCAAGGCGAUGAGAAAAAGGUCGCCGAAAAGAAAUUCAUUGAUAUAGCGGCGGCAAAAGAAGUACUAACGGAUCCGGAAAAACGACGACAAUUCGAUAACGGUCAAGAUCCUUUAGAUCCCGAGGGUCAGCAAGGUGGCUUCCAACAUGGUGGACAACCGUUUGCACAUUUCCACCACGGGUCACCGUUCCAGUUCAAAUUUCAUUUUAAUUAACCUCCCGAAGACUUUGCCAGUUAACUAAUAAUAUUUUAAUAUUUAGUCAAAAAUCUUUUUAAUAAGUAGGUAUAGAAUACCAAAAAGUAAUCUUUGUCUACUCACACACACACACACGCAAUCACAUACACUUCCUUUAUGUUUUAUAACUCCACUACUAUGAUGUAAAAUUCAAUUUAAAUAACUCUGGCGCAAGGAAAUUAAUGAAGUAUUGUGGAAAUAACCAUUAGUGCAUAUCUUCUCAGAAAUUUUUUUUAAUUUAAUAAUUUUUUUGUGCCAUCCUACUCUGACGGGCUCUCACUUUUAUUAUGUU